AUGGACUCCCGUGCCCGAGCUGCGUCUGCAAAUCUGUGUCAUUCCAAUGGAGAUGGUACCGCGCGUUCGUCACGUUCUCAGAGAAAGCCAGGUUCUUCGAAUAAGGAAGAAAAAACUGAACAGUCGGGAGUGACCCUAUUACGGAUUAGCUCGAUGCCUAACGAGGCCCGUAUUUUCUCUUCAAACGGACAUAACCGUGAACCAUUUCAUGGCAAGACCAAAAGCAAACGAUCCAGUUGUGACCACAGCUCACGCUACUCCAGUGCUUCUAACAGUUCUGACGCAUCUUCGCCACAAUUUACAAACAGCGGACAUCGAUCACCCGGAGAAUUUUCAAACGAUAAUGAAUCUAACAAUCUUCCAGAGUUCCACUCGGAUCUACCUAAAGUGACCAAGACGCCAUGCAGAUCUAUUCUAGCUCGAACGGAUAUCAGCUGCAAAGGUGAAAAAGAUAUAGAAUGUGAGGAAAUUGGCGAUGGUAUUCGAUGCAAGCUUCCUUCAUCAAGAGGUCACGGAACGGUUACUGUGGAAUUGAAGAAGGGUAACAAAGACCCCGCGCCAUGUUCAGGCACCAUGUUGCAAUUUCGUAUUCGUGGUCAAGGAAAACCUCAGCACAAAUCCGAAACCGAUAAAGCUAUACAGGUGAGCGACUACCCGGAAGAAGCACAGAGAGAUUUUUUGCGUGAAGAUGCAUACAGGGCUGCUGAAGGAGGAGAACAAUCUGGCGAGUUUUUGUGGGAACCGGUUGGAGAGAAAAAACGCAAGCCGCGACCUAAGCCAAGAUUUCAAAAUGUUGUAGGCAUAUCAACUUGUGGAAAGCAUAAUCAUCGCAAUGUUUCUUCACCUGCUAAGAAACUACGACCAAAACAAGAGCGAAACAAAAAACAAGGAAAAAUCGACUGGUGCGACCCACUCAUUGGUAGGGCUGGUUACGAACAAGGGGUAAUACACCAAGUAAGGGACAAACACAGAAAAGAAGGGCAAACAGCCGACCUUGACGACAACUUGCUGGAAACGCUGGAAGAAAUGUUCAAUGAAAUGUCUGAAUAUGGAGGAUUAACUCAGCCUGAUAAACAGAAGAAAUACACCGUUGACAGAACGAUGAGGCCAGUGUCUCCCGAUACCAUGAAGAUAAUCAAAGAGGUUGAAAAGAUGGAUGUGUUGGACAGCAUAUCUGGACAUGAACUAGAUCGCGAACUUAAAAGAGAAUUAAACAAUCCACCAACAAUUACAAUACCAGUGCAGGACGAUAGAAAACCUCCAACUGAUCCUGUACCGAAACUAACAUCUCAGUCGGUGGACUGUACAAAUACGUGGCAACCUAUACUGGGACCACCACAACAAGCAUCACAGCAACUACCAUACCAAUCGACACAGUUAUCACCACAUCAACUAGUUCAGCAACCACCAAACGCGUAUGUAAACACUCAGCUGGCGGUACGUUUCAUUCAAUUAAAAAAACGUUUACUGUUGUGUAUCGUGAUAGAUUUGAUGCUAUCGGAUCACCCAUGCAGCAUCCCUGUUUUCCUUCUAGUAACCAGAACAUUAUCCAAGCAAACACAGAAUAUGACCGCGACUGUGAAGCUCGCACCCCCGAAAAUACCGGCAUUUUUCGCAGUCAGGCUAGGCAGCAGUGAAGUGGGACUCAUUAAAAAUCAGGAUGUGUGUCGCUUAGAACCUCUAUCGACCGCAGAUGGUACUGUCCCUGUGGCAUUGAUGCGUGCCUGUCUCGAACAGGUGACACUGCUUUGUCCCAAGUGGUCGACACUCAGUUUAGAGCAGCGUCAGCGAUUCGCAGUGAAUGAACAACUCGCUUGGCUCCAACAGUGUGUUAAGUAUAUCUCGACCAAGUUCAAAUGUGCGGAGGAUAUCUUUGACCUAGACUGCAGCUCUUUCAAUGCUGAUGAGGAAAUCGACACACUUGAUCAGUUUAUCUACCACUUGUUUCAACAUUUGCAAAAACUGGGUUGCAGAUUCUCCGAAUACACAAAUUCAGUGCUUUACAGAACAACUCUCUUGUGCCUUCAAACCAUUCUUCAGUGUGCCCUGGAGCGUCUGAAGCAUAUCCAUCAGCGUUCAACUGAAAGACCAGCCUCUUCUCUCAUUCACCAGUCUGUGGGUUUGGCAAAAGAUGACAGUGCUUGCUCAACUACAAGAAACGAACAACAGGCAGAUGCAGUGACGUUUGAUCCGACAAUCACAGAUUCUUACCUUCCAACAGUACCAGCCGAACUGGUAUCUGUCAAAAUCUCAAGUACGCAACAUAUCAACUCAGAUGAAACAGAACUGAAGUCCACCAAUCCAGCUUCAUCGAACCCAUUCACAUCAAUACCUCCAAAAGACCAGGGAACACAGACAAGCUGGAUUCCAUCGUUCAGCAUUACCUCUGAGGAGAAGCGUCUUGAACUAAGCACCCUUGAUCCUCAUGUCUCACUGAUGACCAGCUCGUCCAUACCCAUUUUAUGUGGUCCAGCUGAACACAUGAAGCAUAUCCAACAUGUCGACUCGAUUGACAAAAUGACUAAGCCAUGGGAACAGGAUGAACGUUGCACUUCUGUUGAGUUACUUUUUACUACGGCUAACAUGAGACCAUCGUUGGUCGAUCGGUCUGAUGAAGAUAGGCCAACUUCAGAACAAUCUUCUCGAAUGUAUGCGACACAAAGAAGUUCAUCAAUUCCACGAUCUCCAAAUAGGAACGCUUACUACUACCUGACCUUUGUGCCUCCAAACUCUAAGUAUGGUUUCGAUGGGAUGCAGGAAUUAACGGAUCUACCGGCCUUAAAAGCUGGCUCGCCAACUGAUCGCUGUCAUGAGACUCAAGAUGUUGCCUUCAUGCAGAAGACGGGAGCGGCAAAACUGAUGACCACAUGCGGCGAUACGGAGCUGGGGUCGACAACAGACAAAGAGAAUCAGCUGGAUCGUACAAGCAGUAUGACUGUGCACAAGAGACUUGUGGGGAAAAUUCUGGCCUUGACGCAUAAAGGACUGACACUUUAUGGAAAAACAGUGAUUCCUCUCGUAACACUGGGUGAGGACCAAAAAAUAUGUCAUCAGGUGGAACACCUUCUAGACCACACAAUGGCAACAAGUCUGACAAAACGGAUGAAUGAACUGUGUGAGGGUACCUCCUCUAUGCAGCUUAGUCAGAUUGUGACAUCGGCUCCAAUCAACAUCGAACUGCUAAUGGCCAAGAAGUUACUGGAACUUAUUCCAGAUGUGAACUUUUAUUAUUCGAACGAAACCAUACCUGAAGGGCCUGGAGAGGCGAGGGUAUUCACGUUGCUCCAUCAGAUUGUUCAGACUGUUUCUGUGAACCAAACCCAAGGUAAUUCAUCAGACGGAGUUGCUUCGAAUGUCGCCAAAAAUCUGUCUCGAGGUUUACUGGGCUUGGCAUAUUCAGCCUCCUGUUACGCAAUGGAUCAUUUACUGGAAACGAAAGUGGACACCGAACUCAGGACAUGUGCCAGACAGCAGGGCUGGAAGUACGGUUUGGAAGGAAGCAGACUAAUAAGCUCUUCUACCUAUUCGGACAGUCAACCAACAACAAUGCAGACUAUCGUCACUUCAAACGUUUCUCCGGUUCAGGGCCCAUUUAAAGGUCCCAACUCAUCCAUCACUGUCCAGCGCGAUUCUCAUUUAUCAGAAGCGAUCCGUCCAUCAACGGCUAUGAAAGAGCAAGAAUUAAGCAAAAAGGGAAACGGAGCAGAGUCCAGCUACUCAGUAAUGUCAUACUGUGCAAGAAACCUGAAUUCUCAAGAUCUAGAACAACGGGUUGCCGAAGCCGUUAACCCACGAAACGAGUGCCUGAGCCCAACCAAAUUUCAUUUGCCAGCUGAAGAACAAAGAUGUGUUGUUGUCAGCUGUACGGACAGGAAUUGUUUUAGCCCCCAACCACUGACGCAGCAUGGACCCCACAGUACAGAACAGAGAGCACAGCAUCUCCUAUCCGCCCAACGUUCACCGUCUGAAUAUGCAUCAAAUAAUGAGAACGAUGGGAGCCCUUCGUUGAGUUCCACCUACACAGAACCCCAAGCUGAUGCAUCCAUGAAAGAAGUAACUGUGGGAAAGGAUAAUAUGUGCGUUCAUAUGACUUUCUCUGUGACUGCUUUGAAGGACACCACACAAUGUGUACUACGUCCCUUGACCAUAAAAACUAGGUCAGGUAACUCGAAAAAGGAAACCUACACUAGACUAACUUCAAACGAUAAAAAUGAAAUCGUCUUCUGUGAAGCUUGCUCACAACAACUGAGACCAUAUUUGUACAGGCAGUUAGAAGAUGGAGCAUCUGUAGAUAAUCCGUUUGGAAUCGAAGUAGGUAUUCAGUGUAAUCGGUUCUCUUCAAGGUCGAGAUCCCGCCAAAACAGAUCUAGGUCUUCAGUGAACAGGUCAGCUGGAAGUUCUUCUCGGUUCAACCUAACUGCAAUGUCUAUGGAUGAUCCCGGAAGAAUGGACCCGCCUACCUUGAGCGCUUGUGUGAGUGCUAUUCAUGUGAGUCUCAACGAAGACAACGAGAAUGACAAUAUUUGUUCAACCGAUGGCUCGGGGAGAAGUUCUGAUGAUGACGAUGCACAUUUCAUGAGGAACCGUCACGUGCGUCAUAGAGGUUUUCGGACGGACGAAGUUACCAGCACUUCGUCAGUAAUUUACCGGUCCGUUUCUGUAUCAGUUCAGGAAAUCCAAGGCAAUCAAGAUAGAGUGGCGCGUGAACUCCGAGUAUACCCAAACUGGUUAACUGAUAAGCUGAAGAAAAUAGAUGUCUCUGAGGACACAUGGGUGAGAAGCAGGAGACUUACCAGAGGAACGGAAGUUCCUUCCAUCUCCAAACCGCGGCCAAAAGGGGAUACGUUACUGCAAGAAAAGUCGCUCUGCGCUAAGAAGCAAACCGGCCAAAAAACAAAGCUAUAUUGGCAAUCGAGAAAAGAACAAACGGCAAGCAUACGUGGAGAUGGAGGCUGUCGGCACUCUGGUAGAUCAAGAUUUAACUACUCAGCGGAGCAUGCAAGCUAUCCAGAUGAUUUCUCGGUUCCAAAGCAGACCUUUGUUGGACAGAAAAAGUCGGCCGACCCAACAGAGCCCUUCUAUUCGUGCCUUCAAGAACUGAAAAAGUGUUUAAGAGAAGCUGAAUCUCGUCUAAAAACGGUCCAUAACUACUCCGGUCAAAGUAUUAAAAUAACCAGGACCAGACCUCGAAUUGUGCCCAGACAAACAUCAAAAAAGCCAGUGGGGAUUGAAGCCCGGCAGAAAACACACAGGGGUAAGCCUGAACGUCUAAAGCAAUGGCCGACAUUACCAGAUGAUUCUAACUACGAUGCAUCCGCUUUGGGAGGAAGCAGUGGAGGGGGAGGAGAAAGCACAACUUGUGACAGGCUUCCUACGUGCUCCGAGAGAACGGCUCCAACAAGCAGUCACAAACAAGCAAGUACCAUGAAAACCGAACAGAAAGAGGACGUUCCGUCUGCUAGACAACUGCGAAAAUCUUGCUUUCGAUCCACUUUACAUCAUUCCAUUGGCCCACCAUCAACUGCUCGAUGGACAGUGGAUGACAUACGGUCUAGAGGACCCAAAUUUUUCCCAGCACCCUCAAUGGAACUGCCUGUGCGAGGCACUUCCAAUGAACCACGGAUCCCUGUGGGAACUCAAAUGUCCAACUGCUUGCUCUACGUCAAACAUCAGGGGAACAAGCCCUUGUGCGGGCCCUUGAUAUCCGGACAGUACACUCUACAUAACACGCUAUCCAGGUCUUCAUUUGGUCAAACUAGUAACAUGGCUGCUCAGAACACACCGCGUCUCUGUAAGAAGGUUGCCCACAGAAUGGAAUAG